ACACAAAACAGUAUAAGGACACCUAGACUGUUGGGUAUGAGCCAAAUUCAAAGCAUCUCACCACUGCUUUGCAGGUAUUAUACCAUUUCCAUCUUGGAUACCAAGACGAGGAGCAAUUUCAGAGUAGCACCUUGCCCCUACCCCCACUUGCCCAAGAACCCUAAUGAUCCCAACCAUACCAUAUCGGUCCCUCCAAACCAGGCUUCCUGAUGGAACACGGGGAAAGCAAGGCAGCUUCCAGUGCUACAUCCUGGCUUUGAAGAAGCCCCUGCUUCUGCAUUCACCUCUUCACCGUUCUCAGCACAUUCCUAGACUUGAGGGAGGGAGACAUUCCAAGUUAUUAUAAUUAGAGCAUGUUUAUAUGUGUGGGGGUGAGUGCAUGGAGGAAAGGACAGAUGUCUCCUUGUCACAUCCCAUCAUGAAGUAGGAUUUGUCUAGGGAGGAGGCAAGGACUUUAAAAAGCCUUAGUACUCUGGUGGGAAGCACCUUCAAGCAAAGAGCCAUCAGCGCAACUGUCCCCGAGCCCCUCCUCGACAGACCAUGGACUUCCAGGCCGGCCACUGGAUCCGCGAGCCCCAGAGCCACACGUGUGGGCCGCGCCCGGGAUGCCCUGAGCCGCCUCCCCGCCGGCCCUGGGCCGCCAGGGUGCUGCAGGAGGCGACCAACUGGCGGGCGGGGCCCCCAGCCGAGGCCCGAGCGCGGGAGCAAGAGAAAAGGAAAGCGGCAUCGCAAGAGCGGGAGGCCAAGGAGACCGAGCGAAAAAGGCGCAAGGCUGGUGGGGCCCGAAGGAGCCCCCCGGGUCGGCCGCGCCCGGAGCCUCGGAACGCCCCUCGGGUGGCACAGCCUGCAAGGCUCCCAGCUCCUUCACGGCCAGAGCGCCUGGGGCCGGUGGGGCGACCGCCCCGUCCAUCCGCGCAGCCGCAGAGCGACCCCAGGGCGGCGUGGGUGGGGCCCUGGGGAGGUCGGAGGCCAGGGCCCCCCAGCUACGAGGCUCACCUGCUGCUGAGAGCCGCCGCGGGGAUGGCCCCACGACGCCGCUGGGACCGCCCGCCGCCCUAUGUGGCUCCACCUUCUUACGAAGGACCCCACAGGACUCUGGGGGCGAAACGAGGCCCCGAGCCCUCCCAGGCGCCCGUCUCAGCAGCCCCUGCUCAGACUCCGGCCAGGACAGAGGGAGGGGGCACAAAGAAAAGGCUGGAUCCUCGGAUUUACCGGGACGUCCUCGGGGCUUGGGGUCUUCGGCAGGAGCGGGGUCUCUUGGGGGGAUCCCCAGGCUCUGGAACGGCCAGGCCGAGGUUGGAGCCCCGCCAGGGGGCCGCAGAGAAAAGCCGGGGGCCAGCUGCUGCUGGCCGGAACAGUGGCGGCGACGGCCACACCCGCGCCAAGACUGCGGGGGACCCAGGCGGGGCAGCGGCUCCUGCGGGGUCUGCCACGGAGACCCCCAGCCCCCCGCGUCCCGCCCCCAGGUCCAGGCCCCAUCUCCAGGGCCCCGGGGAAGGGAAAGAAGGUAGAGAACAGAACUGGCUCCCCAAAUCCUGGAUUCCCUCCCUUAAAAAGCAUCCGCCUCCGCAUAGCCAGACCCUCCCCAGACCCUGGGCUCCAGGAGGCACGGGGUCGAGAGAGUCCCUGGGUCGUAGAGAGAGGGCCGGCCCCUCGGAGGGUUGGCAGGCCGCCCGCCGCGCCCACACCCUGCCCCGCAGCUCCAGCGGCCCUGCUCGUGGAGAAGGCAUUUUUGUCAUUGACGCCACGUGCGUGGUGAUAAGGUCCCAGUAUGUCCCGACCCCUCGAACCCAGCGCGUGCAGCUUUUGCCGGCUGGGGUGCCCCGCACUGUGGGCGAUGCCCCCAGCCCACCGAAGCCCAGCAAGGAGGAGGGGGAGGCGGCCGCGGCCUUGCCUUCCCCUUGCCAAAAGCUGCUGUCCAGCAGCCGCCUUUCACAACAGCCACACGGGGGGCGCGGGUUCGAAGCUGAGGGCGGGAAGCCCGCGGAUCCCUCUUUGGAGGAGCGCGCCUCCCGCAUCUUGGGGCUCCCGGCGGACGAAGUCAACCUGCAAGAUGCCCCCACGCAGCCAGGUAGCCUGGGGCGCUCAGUCUCAGGCCCAGCGGCUUCAGGAGGCGCGAAUAGCGCCGAGGGCUCGGGGGGAGUGGCGGGGGUCCCCCGGCACGCGGGGCGGGGCUGGGCGCGGACCCCGGGGCCCUACGCCGGGGCCCUGCGGGAAGCCGUGUCCCGCAUCCGCCGCCACACCGCCCCUGACUCGGACUCGGACGAAGCUGCGGAGCUCAGCGCCCAUAGCAGCUCCUCUGACGGAAGCGACACAGAAGCCUCCGGCGCCCCCUGGCGGAGUGAGCGAGCCGGGUGCCGAGAAGGCGGGAAGACCACACAGCGGCACGACAGCAUCCGAGAGAUUCUGGAUGUCAUCAGCCAAACCGGGGAGGCCCUUUCUGGAGAGAGGAACACGACGGGGGCCCCACGGAGAAACAGGGAGCGGCAGUGAGAGGCUCUUUGUUGUAUUUGUGCUUCCCAACCCAUCCAUCCUUGGGCCCACUGGCCCCUACUUCCUCACAGACUUCCUUGUACCCCUUACCUAUACCGGUUCCCAUAACCCAAAAAGAAGCCGCCCAAAUGAAAGGAAAGGGAACAUAUGCUGAUUUGUAAUUUUUAAAAAAUCCUCGCCCUAGGAUAUUUUCCCAUUGAUUUUUAGAAAGAGUGGAAGAGAGGGGGAAAGACAGAGAGAAAUA